AUGGACGACGACUUAGUGGACCUCAUCGAUCAGGGCCAAUACUCCCAUGCCCAGCAGGCUCUUGCCCAAAGGAUCAAGCGGUUCCCUAACCGCCCGUACUAUCCGGCGUUGCAGAACCUCUGUUUGUUCCGCCAAGGCCAGCAGAAGGAUGCGGUAACCAAGAUGUUGAAGCUUCGGGAUCUGAACCCCAAUUGCACCAAAACGAUUGGGGUGAUGUACGAUUUCUUUGUCGAAGCGGGUAAAUUGAGUGAAGCCAAUCUUUGCUACGAAAACGCCAUGAAACGUUACCCCACUGCCGAAUCGUUGGGGACUACUUGGUUGAACAAAACUCUCACCACACACCAGUACCUGCCACGGUUGUGGAACCGUAUCUUCAUGAACUUACAGCGGAACCAAAAGCUGCUGAGGGAAUUUAAGUAUUGGACCGCUUUCACGUAUCUCCUCAUUCUCAAACUGGGCGAUGCAACUGAAAAGGAAAUUCCCUUGUUCAAGCAAUUAGCGCUCCGUUUGAUUGAAGAUUUGGGCUAUGAAAAUGCUCAGGAACUAUAUGUGUUGGCUCAGUUGUGGGCGAUGAAUGGAGAAACGGAUAAGGUGGUAGCUGCGGUCACUUCCAGCCCCGUGAAUUUCGAUGUUAUGGUGGUAUACCGUAACAUUUUGCAAGAAGCCAACGCUGAUCAACAGCUUUUUGACUACUGUAAAUUGAUUCUCAGUCAAUUCGAGGACUUUACCUCGACGAAGCUCUUGAUUGAGUCGGGUAAGAAACUCGGAAUGUCGUACGACGAAGUCGCAGAACAUCUUGACUCAAAGCCUACUCGCAACAACCUUUUGGCGAAAGUGGAACUUGCCAAAGUGUUUGACAAACCUUUAGAUCCGGCAGUUCAACAAUACUUCAAUGCAAUGAAAUCCAAGCUUUGUUGUGUGAACGAUUUGAAAGGAUACAAGAUUCAUCCUAAGUUCGAGGAAAAGUCUUCCAAUGUUGUGGCUCAAGUCAACGAAGUUAAAUUCAAGUAUUUGGCGGGUGAAAAGUUUGACGAUGUUGCUGAAGAGUUGUCGAAAUCAUUACUGGCUAAACUGGUGGAGUAUGACCUGGAUCCUGUCAAUGAAGUAAGACUUCUAAAAGUCAUUCUUGAUCUUCAAAAGGAUUCUACUCCACAGAACAUCAUCAAAAAUAUUUGCAUCUUAGAAGACUUGGUGGAGACGGACAAGUACAACCACAAGUUGCUUCUUUGGUUGUUGAAGCUCUACAACCAAUUGAACUGUGGCAGCUCUAUCCAAUACUUUUACACUCGUCUUUCCAUCAGAAUGGUCCAGCACGAAACUUUGGGUCACUUGGCAAUGUGGGCGCAACCACUGAAGGAUUCGUGCAAGAUUUUCAACGACAUGUAUCGCUUUUACCUUACCGCUGAAAGUGAAGUCAUUGAAUGUAUUGCUACUGGGUUUAACCAAGGUAACUACACCAAGCUCGAGUCGUUCAUCCGAUUUGGUGACAGAAUGCAUCGUUCCAUUGGUCGGGUGUAUGCUCUCUUGAUGAAUGUGAGACAAUCGCUUCUCACCAAUGAUUGGAGUUAUACAAAGUUCUUUUUGGAUCGCUUGGUGAAUUAUGAAAACUUAUUGGAUAUGAAUUACCAGGACAACCGUGACUUCAUCAGUGAAUGGAAAUUGGGUACCUUCGAUGAACCUUUAGAUGAGUUGAAGCAGAUGACUAACAAUGUUAAUGUCGCUGAUGUCAAAUUGUGGGCAUUACAAUAUCUUGUGGCUUACACCAAUGAUCCUCAGCACUUCAAGUUGUUCAAUAAAGCGAUGGGAUCACACAAGGCCGCUACUGCCUUUGACAAGUUGCUCCUCCAGUACUACUUGAACGUAUUCAAGUUAAGUCAGUCUUCGACGAAGAAGCCUGAGGUGGAACUGUGUCUCAACUAUUUGAACAAAAAUCUUAACCUGACCAAAAUUGCGGCGACCAUGCCUAAGGAUGUUCUUAGCGGAGAGUUGAACCAGAACCUUUAUAGAUUUGUUGAGUUCACCAAGUUGGUGGGGAUGCUUUUGAAACGCAAACCUAACGAUGCUGUGAAGAAGUUAAUCGACCUGACGUUAGCCGAUCUCCGCAAACAAAACUGGACUCAACAGCAAUUAGCGGCGUUGAACGAUAUCAAAAAGGAGUUGGCCCCCGAGCACCGCAAGACGGUGGAAGUGUUGGCCAAAACCAUCGAAAAGUCGGCGCCGCUGUUGCACUAA